AGAUGAUGUUUGAACUCAUGGAUCGUUCUGUGUACGAGGCAGCAAGAUCGGGUGAUCUUGGUUUCCUUAAAAAAAUUAGAGAUGGUGAUCUGUCGAUUAAUCUUCUUCUGCAGAAAACACCUAAAUAACAAUAUUCUUCACCUUGCAGCUGAGUUCAAACAAGUCAAUUUUUUCAGAGGCGUCCCAAUCGACAAUUAAUCUCCACUAUUUUGGGACACCAACAACAAAGGCGACACUCCCAUGCACGUAGCUGCCAAAGCAGGCUGUGAUGAAGUAGUAGGGUUGCUCAUUAAUCGUGCAAGGAUACUAUACACUGAAGGAGCAGAUGAAGAAAGUGCGCUGGCCGAUGGCAAAGCAUAUAAAAAUUUGCUCCGGAUCAAAAAUUUGAUUGAAGAUACAGGAUUACAUGUUGCCAUCAAGUACGGUCACCUCAAAGUGGUCAUUCUUUUGGUCGAAGCCGAUCCUGAGUUGUGUUGUUUUACUAAUAGUGCCAACGAAUCCCCGUUGUUCUUAGCUAUUACCAAGGGCUUUCCGAGGAUUGCUCGCUACAUGUUAGAAAAGUUUCCAACAUCUUCUUUACAUGGAAUUAAUGGUGUCACAGCUUUGCAUGCCGCAAUAACUCGCAAUAUCAGCUGCAAAGGCAUCGUGAAGAUGAUGGUUUCCAGGAACCCUGAAAUAAUCAAAGAAGUUGAUGCCAACGGAUGGACUCCAUUACACUAUGCAGCAUUGACAGGGAACGUUAGAGCAACUCGAUUAUUGAUGCAACAAGAUAGUUCUAUUUCUUACAUCUUGGACAAAUCUGGAAUGUCAGCUCUUCAUGUUGCGGCGUACGCAGGCCGCCGGAAAGUGAUGGAAGUGCUGACUCAAGUCCGGCCUGAUACUUGUGAAUUGGUCAAUCACAAAGGCCAAACGGUUCUGCACGCAGCAGUUUUAGGUGGGCAGUUUGUUACUGUCAGAUACAUUUUGAGGACGUCUAAGUUUGCAGGACUUAUAAAUGAAGCCGACAACGACGGAAACACGCCCUUGCAUCUAGCUGCUAUUCAACGUAGUCUUGCGGUCAUAAAAACUAUGGCAAGAAACCCUAGAGUGGAUAAUACUGCUAUCAAUAAUCAACACUUGAAAGCUGCUGACAUUUUUCUUGGGGACAAUAUUGAACUGGACACCUUCGGUAGACGUGUGGCUUUGAAGCUUCUGGGCCGCCCUGUUGGUGUGCCGAUCUUCCAACAACAAAUCCGCCUCGACUUUAUGAAACUGGAAUCAACAGAGAAAAACGAUACACCAAACAACAUUUUGGAUAUUGCAGAGAAGAGAGCACUGCUAGCUGAUUGGGAUGAAUCGAGCAAGUUUGACACCCAUCUAGUGGUAGCGAUGCUUAUUGCAACCGUCACGUUUGCAGCAGCUUUCACCCUGCCUGGAGGAUUCAAAGGCAACGGAAUGCCCGUCUUGUACAAAAGGGCAUUUUUCCAAGUGUUUGUGGUAUUCGACAGCAUCUCCUUCUUUCUAUCAAUUUUUGUGGUGUUUAACCAUUUUAUGUUGAAAACUGUCUCACGAACUGCUCUAGCAACACCUUCAAGUACAAAUUUGCAAUAACUUCAAGUACCGAAACUACCUACUAAUCAAGCUGUGGUUUCGGGUCCGUUACCAUUUGCAAUAACUUCAAGUACAAAUUGGAGGUAUAAAAUUUACACCACAAAACCAAUAAGAAAUGCUCGAGCGAGGGUGGACGAAAGUUAAUUGUAAAAGGGCUUGAGAUAUCUCUUACUGGUCAAAGUACAAGGAACUUUAGAAAUCAUUGUUAAAAAUGCACUACCAAUGAACUACUCGAACACUUGAUAAAGUUACAAUCAAACCCGUAUAAAUGAACUACUCGAACUUUGUAUCGCAUGAUCAUAAUAUACACCACAAAACACUAUGUAAACCUACACUUGACACAAAAUACAGCACGGUUUUGAAAAGUAAGGUUAACUGCACUGCACUCCAGUUAAUGCAGAAAGACAAGUAGGAGACAGAAGGCAUGGCUUCCAACAGGAGGCAAUGGUCUCAGUUACAAAGAUAUGAAAAUUCAGCAGGGUGGCCAAUUUCAGGAAAUUCAGAAUCGACCCAUGCGUCGUGUAGGGCGACAUUACUAACAUUAGAAUUUAUUAGUUGAGCCCCAACUUAUUUCUAAUCCCAACAGCUUCACAGAGU